UCGCGGCUUUCGGCCGACGGAUGGGUGGGCGGGCGGAUAACGCGCGCUAAUUAAUUAAUGAUCGGCGCACAGAGCACCGUCGACGUGGCGGCGGCGGCGGUCGGGAAGUCGAUCGAAAGUUCGACGGCAGCCCUGAGAGCUCGCGUGGAAGCUCGCGCGGAACCGAAGGCGAUCGAUCGCCUCGUUAACGACAGUACCAAUUAUAUAAUAUAAAACGUAAUAUCUGUGGCCGAUUCUCCCCGUGGUCGUCGUUUGCAGUAAUGUAAAACUCUGCGAGAUAAUUAAAGCGACGAACAAAGUUAGAGAGAGAGAGAGAAAAGGGAGGUGAGAUGAAGUAGCGCGAACGGUAACGUGAAUAGCAAGGAAAUCCGCUAUUGAUUCUAGUGGGUGAAAGAGGGGAGGGGGAAGAAGGGUGAGAGAAUAAGAGAAUUUUAUUAUGUUCCGGGCGAAAAUAUGCUGGGUAGAGAACGAUAGAGAACGUUGACGAGAAUCGACGACUCAUUAGGAGAAGAGAGGACACGUUACACGCGCGCUACCGUCGCACGCGAGCUAACAGAAUUCCGGUGCGAUGCACGCAAACGCGGAUGCUAAUGAAUGGAGAAAUGACACGGGUACAAAUUGCGUUACGUCAAUAGUAAAAUGUCGUCGGGGAAGGCAUCUGUUUUCGCGACGAUACGCGGGCUUAUUUAGUUUUUACGCGAAUAAUACGGACCCUCCCUCGAUCCUUGAGAAAGAGCGCAUUCUAAUCACGCAUUCCGGCGACAAUCUUUUAGACAAUACGGCGGGGGCCAACUGCACCGUACGUGAGGACAGGUGCACCGACGGCAGGAAUUCGAUAAUUACGAGCGGAAGAGGAUUCGCCCGACGACAACAGGAAUGCCGCGCGACCCGGGAAGAACCGUGGCUUUGCAUAAGAAAGAGGAACGACGUCGGGGAGCGGCGUGCAGGAGAAGGCGACGCGAGAAGUCGACGUUGUCGUCGUCGUCGUUGUCGUCGUACGUCGAGAACAACGACGACGACGGCGGCGGAGAUGGAGCGACGUUCCCCGGGGGCGCGAAAUUCUUCGUCAAAAUGCAGUCUGCGCGACAGCGGGGGCGGCAUGAGAGCCGACAAAAAACUCGGCAACGUUCUCAUACCGUGGACGCGGGGACCGGCCAGGACAACCUCGUACUCGGAGCUUUACCGUCGCAGAUUCAACAAUCCGAAAUACCCGCCUAUCCAGUCCCCGGAGGGUUCCACCCUGUCGAUUUGUGGCGACAGUCAGCUCGAAGAGCUCAGUCUGGAUGAGGGUCGCUCGUCUCUUCCGGGCACCUCGAGGGACGACAGCAGUGAGCUCAGCUUCUAUCGUCGCUUUGUCGAAGAUCACGCUGCUCGUGUGACGAGUAUUGGACGAUCCUGCGAGAUAUUGCGCAAAGGAAUAUCUCCGAAUGCUGACUCCCCGGGAGCGCAGCGAGAACGUAGCGUGUCGGACAGCAAGCUGAAGAAACCGAUGUAUCGUCCAUACACUAUCGAGGAGUAUAGGAGUCUGUCGGUGCCGAGACCUGAUCGAUCUCUGGGUCCUGAUAAAGAUGAGGUGCAGAUAAAGAGAGAAUGGCUGAUGCGCCGGAGAUCGUACGGGGACUCGGUUAGUGCGCGCAAUCGCGAGCAGAUACUGCAGCGAACGAGAAGAUUCAAGUCGAGACGCGCCAUCGCUCAAAAAUGUUUCUUGCCCCCUUUGAAGGAUUGGGACGCCGCCGCAUCAAAGAACCGUAAAAGCUCGAGGAUCCCUGAGACGAAUAACGUGACGCAGAAGAGUCUCUUGAAACGUCCUGCCAUAUGCCCGAAAGAAAGGAUCGCCAUGGACGAAACAUCACCGUCCCGAAGGAGCGAAACGCUCGAGAAAACAUCGAGUUUUGGCUCGUCUGUCGUUUUACACGUCUCCCGCGAAGACGCGCAUCUGGAGACGUUGCAACAGCGUCAUUUGCAGGAAAAAGAAUUGGCAGAUCGUCUCAUGCGUCAAUCAUUAAGCUAGUGAUCGAGAUUGCUUCGUAUAAGAGAAACAGCGUAAAAGUCUCUACGAAUAUAAUUUUUCGAUAUUUGCUCUUGUGAUUUAUACCACCCAGUCUAUCUAACCGUCUUUUUAUAACUACCGAUCGAUAUUUUACCGCGAUUUACUUUCCGUCACGUGUUCAUCACGUGUUCAUUCGUGACAUACGCCUUGUUUACGCCUACUUUAUAUCUACGACUAUAGCAGUCAAUAUGUUGAUAUCACGAAAUAUAUUUUAUACAAAUAAAGUUGUCUCAAAUAUUUUCUAUCUACAUUUCCAAUUAAUUUGAAUAAGCUAUUUGAAUAAGCAUUGCAGAUUAAAUCUAACAUUUGUGUUUCAAGAGUAAAAUUUAUAUUAUUUAAUCCAAAAAUCAUUUAUAUAAAUUAAUUUAUUAUGAUUAUUUUUAAGCUAAGUUUUUAAAAUUUCAAAAAAAUAAAAUUAUAUAAUUAUAAUAAAUAAAGAAACUCGAAAUGCU